AGGGUCGAUUGUAAGGGAGAGAGAGAGCGAGAGAGAGACGGACGGGUUGGCAGAGUUGUUGGUGCGGAUUGUCGACGUUUCCCGUAGCUGUGGUGGACGGACUACUGGUGGCCCUGGUGGGUCCUCUGGCUGGAGUGGACUAACUGCACUUGGUCUGGUUGUUGAGUUGGUUGGGAGUCAAGUUUAGAGAAUCGGGAAUCCAGGGAAACAUUUUCGACCAAGGUUGCUUUGUCGGCCUUUUUCCGCGUUCGUUCGUGUCUUGUCCCCUUCUUCUGAGUCUUUUCCCCCGGCCAUUGUGGUAAUCGAUUGCAAGACUGACUUGUCGAAGGCUCUUUUGGUUCUGGCCUGUUUGACGAAGCCCCCCCUAUCAUGGCCAAGUUAUUCGUGUACGGCGUGUCCCGUAACUGCCCCAAAACCGUGCUCGAGGAGCCCUUCCAGAAGGUGGGCACCGUCGAGGAGAUCCAUAUCACCACCAAGGGAUAUGCCUUCGUCACCAUGAGCCAGGAAUCCGAGGCGGAUGCGGCCAUCACGGACCUGAACGGAACCACCAUUGACGGUCAAGAAAUCAAGGUCGACAAAGCCACGGGUGGAGGUGGCGGCGGAGGCGGAGGAGGUGGGGGCGGCGGCCGUGGUGAUCGCCGAGGAGGUGGGGAUCGCGGUCGAAGGCCACGGGGAGGAGGAGGUUUCGGCGGUGGUGGCGGCGGCGGCGGCCGAUAUGGCGGUGGUGGCGGGGAUCGUUAUGGCGACCGCGGCAGUGGCGGAGGCGGCUAUGAUCGUGACCGCGGUUAUGGCGGUGGACGCGACCGUGGCUAUGGCGGUGGUGACCGCGGUUACAGUGGAGGGGGUGGCGACCGCGGCUAUGGGGGUGGCGGUCGAGACCGCUAUGGCAGUGGUGGCGACCGGGGCUAUGGCGGCGGCGGCCGAGGCUACGGCGGCGAUCGCUUUGGUGGCGGUGGCCGUGGUGGAUAUGGUGGUGGCGGCGGCGACCGCGGUUAUGGUGGCGGGCGCGAGGGCCGAGGUGAGGGCGGCUAUGGCGGUGGUGACCGUGGAUUCCGUGGAGGCGGUGGUGGCAGCAACGGAGGAUACUAAGGAGCCACCACCCGACCGACGACCACUGUUCUCAUAGUUCUCAAUCAUAUUGCAAGUGUGUAAAGUCUCCUCAUCAUGCUUUUCUCAUGUCUCGUGCUCCUCCAGAUUUUGCUGAACUUGGUCCUCAUCCCUCUGUAAACUAAUUGCUAGUUGAGAGAGUUGUCGCAUCACGGACAAGAAUCUCGCGAUUCUUUAGUCUAUCUCUCUUUCUGUCUUUGUCUCUCCGGCACAUCUUCCGCAACUUUUGUUUUUUGUUUUGGACUCUUCAUCUCUUCUCAGUUGCCACAAUGAUGUAUCAUUUGAAAUCGAAACCCCUCCCCACCCUCUGCCGGGAUAUUGAAGCCCUCCUGUUUCCGCUGUACUCAUGUGCGUACGGCUUCCAAUAGCCCAGGAGUAGUCCUCGCCGUUCUCUCCCCCCCCCUUCCUCAAAUUGGUGGCCUAGCUUAGAAAGCUUUCUAUGAACACUAUAAGUUUGAUGAAUGUAUGAUAAUGGCCCCUAGUGCCAGUGAGGUGGUCUGUGGUCUGUUGGAUGUUGGAUUCACCCCCCAGCCUCCACGUGACUCUGGCCUAGCCACGCCCAUUCCAACUACCAUUUCGGUCGGGGGAGGAAUCAUGUCACUUUUUUGUCUUGACGUCGACUGUCUGGAACGACCCGAUGAACCAAAGGAAUCCAACUGAUGAAGUGUCUAUCUCUGAAGAAGAAGAUGAAGAAGUACGUACAACCGCAGCAAGUAUUGUCGUUUCUCGCGGCGUGCCACCUGGAAAUCUCUGCUCCGUCUGUCUUGACAAGUCGGGGGAAGUCUUGCAAUCGAAUGCCACAAUGACACACUACUACUACUACGAUGACUACUAUUAUCUGCUAUCUAUCGAUCCACUUGGGGAAAAGACGAAGAAGAAGUGGGAACAGACGAAUCUUGGCCUCGAACCGACUUAAUUCCUGAUUGCUUGAUAUUCUGAAAGUCAUUCACCCUAAUUUAAUGCCCGAGUAGAAGAAGCCAAUUUUUUGAAAUUCAGUCUAAAUUUCACUUCCACAACGUUUGGGCGGCUACUGUCUCUUCUCUCUCUCAAUCUCUUGCUCGUUGCCACAACCCGAAUAAUCUAUACAAGGAACCCACAAUUCGAACUUUGUCUCUUUAGCGUGAACGAAAGACCUUUUUGAUGACGAAUCCAAUCUGAUCUUCAUUGCCUAUCGAAGGAGGAGAGCUCCAUCCUUGAUUCGAUCCCUGCUAUGUUUAUUUUGGGGGCCUGGCCGAAGUUACAAAGGCCUCCGCUCUCCUCGAUUCAUAAUACCAAAUCUCGAUGUCUCUUGUUACUACCACAACUUCAACUAUUACUAUUCUACAAUAUUAUACUAUACAAUGGUCUCAAAACUUGCAUUAUCUGAGAAUUAAAGCUAUGAAUCAGAUAGAAAAAAAAAA